AUGGCGGUUAUGAUAUCAGCACACAAAACAUUCUAUAAUAUAAUUGUUAUUUGACGUGUCAAAUUAAAACCUUUUUUAACGAAUCUUUUUUGACACUCAAAGACCCAAACGGCAUUCAAUGUGCCUCACCCUAAUAAUUUGGUCUAUUUUCACCUCUUAAUUUCACCUACUGUUCUAACUUGGUGGUGCACAUGUAGCCUUUAACCUGUUUUUAGUGAAAUGUGAUCAUCGAAUAUUGUAAGAGCUUUCAUUUUCUGUUUAUAUGCCCCCUUUAUUUAUCCUACGGUUCUGACUUGUUGUACAGGGAGUACACUGUAAGAACGGCCCAUGUUCUGAACUCUGUCGCUGUACAUUUCAAAAGUGCUGAACAAAUAGUUAUAUUGACUACGUCCGUCGUCGCUCGCUCAUUAAUGUCUUAAUCGAAAUUACAGAUUGCCUCUAAUCCGCUUGUCAUCCCCUUAUUCCACAGUUUGUACAUCUCCAUAGUCAGUGAAAACCACAUUAGUUUAAGCAAGUCAGUCAUGUCAGCUAUGUUUUUUUAAAGGCAGUAAAUAAGGCUGAAUGAACAGUUUUGCUGCCAGAUAAGGCUCCGCUGAAAGCCAGGUGUAGCAGUGGUAAGAUGUUGGGUCUCUGCUGUUGGGACAGCUUUAUUUAGGCCCUAACAGUUUGUGGGCAAUGUUUGUCACCGUUAUAGUGCAAUUAAUGUGUUGUUGUGUAGUGGCUUUGCUGGCAUGCAUCCCACUUUUUUUUUUCUCUACCAAGAUUUACAUGCUAAAAUCGCAAUGAUCAGUUUGUAUUUCCGGAUUUUAUUUUCAAUAUUGAUGAAAUUCGCAUGUGACAAACACUUGCACAAUAUGGCAGAGCUGAACCGCAGACCAAACAGCAAACACUUUCAGGUAAUUGCGAGGAAAUAUGCUUCGGUAGACCAGGUUUGGUUACAUUUGACUAUGGUUUACAUAUUGUGCAUGACAUGCAAUGUGUCAAGAGAAAAUACAAACGACAGAACCUACCGGCGCCGCAAAAAGUUGGGUAGGAAACACUCUCCUGCGGAUACUCUAUCUCUACCUUUUGCUGCCAAAAGAACCAACAGCAUGUAGAUCCGGUAAAGUAAGUGUAAAAAUAAUUUUAUUCAACAUUCUGGCUUGCAGAGACUAUUGCGUCUUUUUUAGUCAGACUGAAAAUCCAUGGAGUAGCCAUGGUAACAGUAUGAUGUUUAGAUAAAGGUGGCGGCCUGUGUGUUCCAUCUGUCUAAACCAGCACUGUAACAUGGAGAUAUGGCCGUGCGGGAACACUAACCCUAUAAAGGUGUGUAGUAAUUUACCUUUAAAAAAAUAUACACUACCGUUGAAUAUACACUACUCAUUAAAAUAACAGCAAAUUCAUCAGAAAUACAGUGUAGACCUUGUUAAUGUUGUAAAUGACUAUUGUAGUUGGAAACGGCAGAUUUUAUUUUUAAAUGGAAUAUCUACAUAUGCGUACAGAGGCCCAUUAUCAGCAAACAUCACACCUGUGUUCCACUGGCACGUUGUGUUAGCUCAUCCAAGUUUAUAAUUUUAAAAGGCCCAUUCAUCAUUAGAAAACCCUUUUUAAAAUUAUGUUAGCACAGCCGAAAACUGUUGUUCUUUUUUAAAUAAGCAAUAAAACUGGCCUUUAGACUAGUUGAGUAUCUGGAGCAUCAGCAUUUGUGGGUUAGAGUAUAGGCUCAAAAUGACCAGAAACAAAGAACUUUCUUCUGAAACUCGUCAGUCUAUUUCUUGUUCUGAGAAAUUAAGGCUAUUUCAUGUGAGAAACUGAAGAUCUUGUAUAACGCUGUGUACUACUUCCUUCACAGAACAGCGCAAACUGGCUCUAACCAGAAUAGAAAGAGGAGUGGGAGGCCCCGGUGCACAACUGAGCAAGAGGACAAGUACAUUAGUGUCUAGUUUGAGAAACAGACGCCUCAAGUCCUCAACUGGCAGCUUCAUUAAAUAGUACCAGCAAAACACCAGUCUCAAUGUCAACAGUGAAGAGGCGACUCAGGGAUGCUGGGCUUCUAGACAGAGUCCCCCUGUCCAGUGUCUGUGUUCUUUUGCCCAUUGUGUUUAUUGGCCAGUCUGAGAUAUGGGUUUUUCUUUGCAACUCUGUGACUGGAUUCGGAUUCGGUCUUAUGUAGCAAAAUUUGAAAUGGUGAUUUUUACAUUGGAUAAAAGUAGAGACUCAGAGCUACAAAAUGGUAUAUCAUACACUGCAUUUGAGGAACAAUGGGAAAAUAAUUCUUCUUUGAAAGUUGAUCAACUUGUAAACUCACUUUUGAGAAAAUGGCCUUUGAAUGUUUUGGUAUCUAGUGAAGAGCUCUUUGUCUACACCCAUUCAGCAUCGUUCACACCCUCUUAAGCUUAAGCCCCACCCAUCUCGUUUUGCCCUCGGAGUGCACACAUGGCGCUCUGGCUGACAAUUUGUUUACAUCUGGAUAACAUGAAAACAGCCUAACCAGCUCAGCUGGCAACAAUUUGAUUAUGCUUUUUUUUGCAGACGUUAACUGACACCGGCCAUAUUCAACAGGUGGUGUACACACGUAACGUUAGGACCGACCCAUCAGCCAUUCAGUAUCCUGCUAUCCCUGGAAUCCAAGUUUCCUCCCUGGUCAAUUUACAUUUUAACACAUGGGUGCAAAAUCUUUGCAAUUACUUGGGUGGCAAUUGGCAUUGAAUUCCCUUUGAGCUUUUGUUUCCUGUGAGAAAACAUCAAUCGGCAUGGUGCUGUCUCUCUACUGGCGGGCCAGCCUUUCUUCUUGAAUGGGUGCCAGCCAAUGAGCUUCUUCCUGAGCAGGCGUCACUUCCUUUUUACCGGCUGCUGCAGUCAAUCAGCUUAUUCAGCACAGAGAGAAUAUGUGCUGUGUGCGCUCAGGGCUUUCCACACUGCUAAAAGCCUACAACCUCCCUAUCUGCCUCCCACUUUAUCCCAACAAACAUCCCAUGUCGCUGACCCUCCCAUCCCCCAUUCCCCCACAAGCCUCCACUCACACACCCAUGCCACAUGAGGCACAGCUCUGUUAGUGAGUGAGUCAGUGGAGAAAGUUACACCAGUCUCUAUAUGUUGGUGUGUUUGCCAGGCACUCGACUGCAACAAUCGCAGCACAAUCCUUUGGCCCGCGAGCCCUGCUGCGUCUGAUCCCAGGCCUCUUCUCAAGCCUCAGCAUGGAAAGCCCAGUGAGGGCUGAGCCAGCUACCCCAACCCUGGCUCCCCGACACCAUACUCCUUCUCUAAGUCCCAGAGCUGAGGCCAAAGAGAAGAGGUCGGAGGAGAGCGAGGGAACAGCGGAUGAGUGUGAGGCAGUGGACACAGAGGAGGACCCUAUAUGUCUCUCGCUGUUAUCAAAGAUGACCGUGUUUGUGGAGGCGCCAGCAGAGGAUGCGUCAGAGAAGGCUGCGGCUGAGGAGGCUGCAGCCAAGGAGAGGGCUGAGAGAGAGGCUCAGAGGCAGCUCCUGGCCACAGAGGAGCUGGUCUACACCGAGAGGAACUACCUGAGACUCCUCCAGGUCUGCACCUGCACCAUCAGGAGCAACCUGCAGAAACUACAGCCUCAGCUGCCUAACCUGGACAGCAUGUUCCUGUACAUAGAGGAGGUGAUUGAUGUGUCGGGACGCCUCCUCAGCCUCCUGGACCAGAAGCAGGUCACGCCCCAUGAUCCUCUCUUUCUGGAGACCCUGUGCGACGCCUUCCUCAGUCUAUCAACAGACAUAGAGUCGGCUUACAAGGAGUACCUGUCCAACUACAGCAACGUCACAGCGUUAGAGAACAGCUACAAACAGAAAGAACCCCUGUGGACUGAGAUGGUGAAAGUCAUCAAGUCCUCAGCGCCAGAGGUGAAUGCUACCUCUCUGAGCUUCUUCCUGGUGAUGCCAGUCCAAAGGAUCGCUCGCUACCCUCUUCUCCUCCAGACCAUCAUGAAACAUACAGACCCUGGGCACCCGGCCUACUCUCUCCUGGAGCAGACUGCCCACGCCGCCGUAGCCAUCAACUGCAGGAUCAAUGAGUACAAACGCUUCCGAGAAGUUGCUGACAAAUACAAGAAGACAGAAACCCUGACCAUAAGAGAUAAGAUAAACCGUCUGAACAGCCACAGCAUCGCAAAGAAGACUGCCAGACUGAGUCAGUUCAUCAAGCAUGAGACGGGGAUUGCACCAAAGUUGGUUGAUGAGGAGUUUGAUGCCUUGGAGGGCUUUUUCUAUCUCCUCGAAAAUGGUAUCGCCGUGCUACAUGAAAAUGUGGAGACGUAUCUCAGCCAUCUGCAGAGAUUCCUUAGCUGUCGACCGGAGGAGUUUGACCUUGAGAUGGACGGUGAGAAGCCUGCUAUAUGCUACAAGGAAAUCACAGCAGCAUUGAGACAAUGGAUACUUCCUACAUUUGAGAAGAGGAUAAGGACCUUGGUCCACAAGCCCCUCUGUGCCCUUCGAGAACUGCUGGUGGGGCCUCGUAACCUGAUCCGUAAGCGCCUGGACAAGCUGCUUGACUACGAGCUGAUCGAAGAGAAGCCCAGUCUGAGCUACGAUGAGCAGGCGGUGGCAAACACCUAUAAGACCAUCAACACGUUGCUCCUCAACGAGCUGCCCCAGUUUAACGGCCUGGCCCUCACCCUGCUCUGGGGCAUGCUGGGGGCCUUCAGCUGCCUGCACAAGGAUCUGGCUGCAGACAUGGAGCAACUCUUCCAGGGCUUUGCCCAACAGCUCCCUCACAGUUCCCUGGAGCCUAAUGCAUUCUGGGAGUGGGCAGAGUGUUCGGUGCUGGAGGGUGCAAGGAUGCUGGAGAGUCUGUGUCGGAAUGUGGAGGACCAACUCAAUGCUCCCAUUGUCCAGCCUCUCAGCCCUGGGUCUCAGAAGUGUCUGAAGGUCCUGACAGACAAGCACGGCUCAGGCAAGAUCUACCAGCUGACGGGUCAUGUGGUGGGGACUAGAGACCUGGACCUGAGCCUGAACAGAGGAGAGCUGGUGGCCAUCAUCAGUGAGAUGGACACACGGGGGGACAGACGCCGCUGGCUGGUCGACGCAGGGGGUCCAAGAGGAUACGUCCCCGCCUCCAAACUGGUGCGUUACCACCAGGUAACCAUGGCCCCUCCCCCGUCCCCUCAUCUGACAGUCACUACCAUGGAUUGUGCUGGAGGAGUCAGGCGACACUCCUACACCCCUGACAUCAGGCGACACUCCUUCUCCCCUGAUACACCCCAGCCCGUGAGGACUCUGUCGAUGACCAUGCCCUGCUUCCAGGUGUUUGCAGGCUAUGACUUCACGGCGAGGAGCAGUCACGAGGUCUCUCUGAGGGCGGGGGAACCAAUCAGAGUCCUGGAACCCCACGACAAGAGGGGUAGCCGUGACUGGAGCCUGGUGGAGGUGCGGGAACAGAGGGGGUAUGUGCCCUCCAACUACCUGGCAGCGGUGCCUACAUCUAUGUCACCCACCACCCCCUACCACUAGGGUUGCCCCGGGCAACCAGCCAGUCCGUGCUAGACGCCACUCGACCACCGCUGCCCACGCACCUCUGCUCAGCAGGAGAAGCGCUCUCACUGAAGCCUACAUCAACAGGGGGGAGAGAAAGAGAUGGGUGUGUGUGUGUGAUGGAUUGGAUGACAGGUGUGUGUGAAGUGGCGCACCAGCCAUUUGCAUGUAGAGUGCUCCAAGCCCUCGACUGCAGCACCUAUUAGAAGCAUGUAAGUGGGAGGCCGCUUCCAUCACCAGGAACCAGGGGUGAAAUGCUGCGUUCUCCUACAGAGAAUGACUGACUGGCAGGCAGGUAGCAAUGCCUCAGCACAGUAUGAGGAUGAAGGAGAGCAGGCAGUCUGUGGCAAGGGAAUUGGUUCUUGUGAAUAUUUUACCUACCUGACAAAGCUUCUCCACUGAGCGGAUCUUCCUCUCUCUCUCUCUCUCUCUCUCUCUCUCUCUCUCUCUCUCUCUCUCACAACUGGCGCUGGCAGUUAAACUGAUGGACAUAUGUACAAACCCCUGACUCUGUGAAUCUGCCACUGGCAUUGACAGCAAUGCAAUUUAUGCUCAGGCAAAUAGUUUUAUGAUUUCUAAGAAGAAAUGAGGUCGGCAUACUAAAACAUUAAUGCUAGAGUGCAUGAUCAAAUAAGAAUGAGGGGGAGAGUGGAUGAGAGAAGUCCUGUUCAAAUGGAUGACGCGUAGCUUGUUUGAUUCCAGAUAUCAAAUGGCAGCAAACAUCUGUUAUUAAAGCAAUUGCAUCAUUCGGUUGUCAUGGCUUUAAUAGCAAAGUACUUGUAGUGUUAGCGGCGCCUUCUCAUUGGUCCAAAUGUCAGAGCAGAGUGAGAAGACAAGACGUUACAUGAUGCUGCUGCUGCUGCUGCUGCUGUAUCUGGGCUGUCUAGACGGAGGCAGAACUCUGUCUUCUCUGAGCUGGCCACAAGGUGGCGCACCUCACCAAUUCUCACCUAACAGAUGGCUUUUGUAGGCUUUAGCUUUAUCAUCUUUAUUAUUACCUCAGUCAGUAUUGAUGUUAAGCUUCUGGUGGAUGUUGCACAAUCGAAACAUGUUCAUAUCUUAACAGUGUUGUCAUAUAUAAUUAAUUUGACUGUCACUAUCUGCGUCAUAAUAUUAUCUAAUGAGAAUGUGUUUGCUCAGUAAGUCUACUGUCAGGGAUAAUCCUAUGCCGUGUUUUUUUUUUAUUUAUUCUAUUUAUUUACCCCUAGCGGGGUUUCGUGUGUUCUGAUGAAAUGAGCUAUGGAGGAUGAAAUGACUCAGUAUAGCCAAAAACAGUUUGAAAGGGAGCACAGCUCUGCUCUGUUGGUGCAGCAGUGUCAUUGUUAUGCUGAUUGCUGCAGAAUAGUAGUCUGUGUGGCCUGGAUAAUACAACAUUCAAGCUGGGUAUACAGCCUUCCAGAUAUUCACCUCCAUUUUACCAUGUUGGCUCAGAACAGGAUUUGUAUGUGGCUCUAAGAUGGUGCAGUUUCUGAAUUUGAGAUGUAUUUUAAGGAAAGGCCACGUAAAUGGGUCACCGUCUUUUGAGAGCGCUAUUAUAACAUAGCUUUCACUAAGAGAGCACCAGAAUGGAGGGUAAUCAAGUGUAAACGGACGUCAGGCCUUUUAGGGUUGCACUUAACGGAACCAAACAAUGCUGCUGUGUGGCGCGUGUUCUCCUCCAUAUGACAUCUAAACAUAUGUGUGGCUUUUUCCCCGCAUUUGUGGUUGUCACCUUGAUGCUAAGGACGGGUUGUCAACGGGGAUUUGAUGCAGUGACUCCCUGCAGCUACCGCUAUCCCUAGCAUGACAGAGCCCUACGCAGCUCUAAAAAUACACUUUCUCUCAUUCAUUGGUUCUAUAAAUAGACUACUGUCGUUAUAGCAUCCCUUGUUGGACCCUUGGCCUCCCCCUGCUGGCUACUGUGGAAACAAGUUGUUUUUUCCCUUCCUUCCUCCUCUGGGUGGUAAAUCCCAUAACAGCGGCUGUUAUACUACCUCCCUACAUGGCUCCAGGGCCGCUCUUGGCUUAAAAUCCAUAGGGGAGUAUACAGACAACAAUUAGGUUGGUUGUUGUUUCUGUCUUUGAGAAUUGGGCUCCUGACUAUGAGGGUAAUCCGGUGCUUUGCAGGCAGGGCAGAGACGAGGCGUCCAUGUUUCUGUCAGCCUCAGGCUCCAGUCAGAGUGUGGAUCAGCUGCUCCACUGUAACACUGUCUGCUUAUCUGGCUGCAGCCUCAGAUUUACGUGCUGCGCUGAAAUUAUUGUCCAUUUUUAGGGGGUCACUGUGGCUGUCAAGGGAAAGAGCAUCUGGGUGCCGGGGGGGUAUUUUUCCUGAGAGUCUCUCCCUCCACCACCUCCCCUGACUUGUGAGGAAGUGUUAAAGCGCAGUGUAACGGGGGCUGAUCCGUCAAAGCCGCACUGGGCUGGCCACAGAAAUAGCAGCAGUGGGCUUGUCCUGGUUGUUUUAAGCCAGGGCUGUAUUUGGUAACCAUUUGGCACCGCCCCUGAUGCCUUAGCUUGGCUUCUUUAAGACCCUGUCAGCUGGCUCUUUAAGGCCUUGUCUCUGGCAAAGCCAAUUUAGUUUUAACAAUGGUUCAUCCCCUCUGCUGCUGGACUAGAAUGGGACAUUUUCCUUUGGCUUGUAGCUAAUGACUGGGGGUUUAGAAGAUAGUGGUGAGACUGAAGCGUGGACGGUGCAGGGUACGGCAAGGCAGGGAUGCAUGUGACACUCUGCAGCCAUGCAGCAAAAUUCUCCUGAGGCUCCCCUUGGGGAGAGAGCCACUGACAUGGCCCAAUCGCCAUGUGUGUCAGUGAGAGCGUGUGAGUGAUCCACGGCAGUCAAGCUUAACAGAUCUCCUUGUCGUCAGGAGGAUUGACUUGGCUGUUCCUAAUUCUAGGACAUCGGCUGUUUUCUGCUUUCUCCUUCAUGCUUCCAGCCCUUCUUUGAAUAAGACAUACAGAAGACAGAUGUACAGUGCAUUCGGAAAGUAUUCAGACCCCUUGACUUUUUCCACAUUUUAUUACAUUACAGCCUUAUUCUAAAAUGGAUUGCAUUUUUGUGUGUAGGUUGAUGAGGGGAGAAAAAAAAAACUUUUAGAAUAAGGCUAUGUGGAAACAAAAUGUGACAAAAUGUGGAACAAGUCAAGGAGUCUGAAUACUUUCCCGACUGCACUGUACACUGACAUAAGAGAUACAAUUUACAUUUCCCUUCAACUGGAUAUCAUUCCAUUCAUAAUUUUCCCACACACUGACUUGAAACUGAAUUCUAUAUACCCUUUCCAUUUGAAGGAAGUUAUGUGGCCUGCAAUAGACUAGCGUCUCGAACAGGGCUACUUAUGUGGCCUUCAUAAAGGAAUUGCUUUGAUGUUCUAUAACUGGAUACUUUUAAUUGGCCAAACAUUAUUUGUAACCAAAGAGUAUUACAGGAUUGUUUACAUGUUGAUCUCAACUGUGCUGUAUAGGGCAGUGCCCUUUCCCUUGGUGUAAAUCACAUUGGCCCCUUAGUACAAAAUAGACUGGACGAUCCUUUGGGGCCCAUUCCUUUUGGGUCCUGGGGCCCAUUCAGACUGAGGGAGGCGCAUGGGUGGGGGUGAGGGCAAGGGAUGAUUGGGGUAGAGCGAGAGGCUGCGUUCGGGCCUCUGUGAGGAUUCUAACUGGAGGGGGACUGCGUUGAUCAUAGACUGUUCUAACCCAGAGUUCGUAGACACUCCGCUGGAACCUACAGUCUCGGGACAAUCCCCCUCCCUUCUUACUUUUCCUGAAAUGAUGCCGUUGCUUUGUCUUUUCCUCUCAUUCACUACGCUGCGAAAUGUGGCAUCGAGACGCUCUGUUUUUCUUUUGUUUCUGUUUGAACCCUUUGACGUACAGUCAUGGGCUGGCUACUGGCUCGCAAUGCGGGCAGGCGGCCGCUCAAGGGCCGUUUUUUGUUUUUCAGCAGAGAGGACAGGGCACCACCUCUCCCAGCCCAAUUAUGUGACGACCCUAACUGUGUUUUGAAACAGGUAACCGUGUGGUCCAUACGUAAGCCCAGCCCUCUCUCUUGUAAACAGCGCUGGCCUAGAAUGUCAGGGAUGUCAACCGCCAUCACGAGGGCGCAGGACUUAGAGCUUGCUAUAGUGUAGUGGGCGUGAAACGCAGAGCCAUGCGGAGAGGGAGGGAAGGGGGUGUUUAUGUUUGAUGUGAAAGAGGAGCUCAUCCCCACUAUUCGACACCGGGACAGACUAUGUGCCAUGCCCCCUUCUGGCAACCCGAUAAUGCACUUUAUAACACUUACAUGACAGUUAGCUUAUAGGGUGUCACAUAUUAUAACACGUGGAGUGCAAAUUUCUUUCAGCUGGACUGAAUUUCUAAGUUUAGGCGCUGCUGUGUCAAGCUAUUGAAUGUUUUAUUAUUUUUAUUUUUUUUAAAGAUGUGGUACUAAUAUUUUCAUCUCGCUCUUAAAACUGUCAAUCAUUUCAUGUUCCCUUGUUGCUGUAUUGUACAGUAUGGACUGCAGCUACCGCCAAAUGAAGUGCUAUGUUGCUAGUGGUGGAACUAACUGUUUAGUUUUGCAGUUGUAUAUGUAUUGUACAUAUUUAGCAAAUAUGUUUAACAUUAAACAUAUAAUAAACCCCCCCC